UUUCAACUUUAAUAAAGUUAACUAAUAUGAUCUUUAUGAAAGAUUGCGUUAAAUUAAGUUAUUAUUUUAAAAUCGGAGUAGUAUCAAAAAAGUACAGUAUUAUAGCCUCUGUUUUAGAAACACCUAAAAUUGGAGAAGUAACUGAAGUUAAGGGAUGGGUCAAAAGUCUUCGAGUACAGAAGGAAUUUAUCUUCGCGGAUGUAAACGAUGGUUCCUGCGCACAGAAGUUACAGAUUGUUAUUCCAAAGAAUCUUAAAAUAGAUGAUAAUUUAACUUACGGCAGCUCUGUUCAUAUUACUGGAAAAUUGUCCAAGAGCCCGAGGGGACAACUGGAACUUGUAGCAGACAAUGUUAAUGUUAUUGGUAAAUGCGUAGUACUCGAUGGAUACCCAUUUAACCCGCGAACUAUACAUCCACCAGAGUAUAUCAGACAAUUUCUUCAUUUAAGAUCACGAACUAAUUACACAGCAGCUCUCUUGAGAGUGCGUCAUGCACUCACAAAUCAUAUACAUAAUUAUUUUGUUAAAAAGAAUUACAUCCACAUACACACUCCAAUAUUAACUUCCAACGAUUGUGAGGGUGCGGGAGAGGUUUUUAAAGUGCAACCUGAUAAUGAAGAAACUGUAAAGGCUAUGAUGCAAGAAGGAAAGAGUGUAGACUCAGUUUACUUUGGAACUAAAACAUAUUUAACAGUGUCUGGUCAACUUCACCUGGAGGCUAUUUGUAGAGGAAUGGGUAAUGUUUAUACACUAGGACCUACAUUUCGAGCUGAAAAUUCCAAAUCAAGAUUGCAUUUAUCAGAAUUUUACAUGUUAGAAACAGAAAUAGCAUUUUGUGACAGUAUAGAAAAACUACAAAAUGUUAUAGAGGACUUAUUAAAAUAUAUUUUUAUUGAAACUAGAAAUACAAAUGAGGCCGAUUUGUUUUUGAUAGACAAGAGCAAUAAAACACCCGAGUGGUUGAACAAGCAAUUCGUAACAUUAUCGUAUGAUGAAGCAAGAAGUAUUCUGAGUGCUAAAGGCUUGGACGUAACAGAGGAAGGUAUUAACAAAGAACAAGAGUUGACUUUAGUAGAUCACUGUCAAGCACCAGUUUUCAUAGUGCACUGGCCUAAAAACUUAAAAUCAUUUUAUAUGAAAGAAUCUCCUUUAGAUAAUAACAAUGUUGAUGCAUUAGAUUUAUUGGCACCAUUAACUGGGGAAAUCGUCGGUGGAAGCCUCAGAGAAGAUGAUUAUGAAAAAUUAAAUGCAAAGUUACCAUCUGAUGCUCUAAGCUGGUAUUUGGAGCUGAGAAAGUUUGGAAAUAUACCCACAGGGGGUUUUGGCCUCGGUCUAGAAAGAAUAUUGCAAGUGUUGUGUAAUAUUCCUAACAUUAAAGAUACUCUUCCUUUCCCUAGAUGGCCCCACAAUUGUAAUAUGUAAAUAAUGUUAAGAAUAUUAAAUUAUUGUUGUAGUA